AUGGGGCGGCACGGACACUAUGGGGCGGCACGGACACUAUGGGGCGGCACGGACACUAUGGGGCGACACGGGCACUAUGGGGCGGCACGGACACUAUGGGGCGACACGGACACUAUGGGGCGACACGGACACUAUGGGGCGACACGGACACUAUGGGGCGACACGGACACUAUGGGGCGGCACGGACACUAUGGGGCGGCACGCCACAGCGCGUUCCAUUCAGUUUUAACAGGAGACAUGGCCGAGCUGCUGAAGUGCCUGCUGCGAGUGGCAGAAAAGGCGGCGAACGUGGCCCGGGUCUGCAGACAGGAGGCGGUGUUGUUCCAGCUCCUCGUCCAGGAGAAAACUGGAGCAGACAAGAACAAGAGGUUUGUCCAGGAUUUUAAAACGCUCGCUGACGUCAUCAUUCAGGAGAUGAUACGGCACGACGUCGGAGCACAGUUUCCGGAGAUGGUUGGUUUCAUCAAUGGAGAAGAGUCGAACAAGUUUGAGAAUGGCCUCGGAGAGAGCGUGGUGGUGACCGUGUGUCCCUCGGAGGCAGAGACCGCGGCGUUAUUGGCCAAAGUUUUAGACGGAGACUCGACGGCGGCUUCGCUUUUGGCUCGAGCGAUUCACCAGGACCCUGCGACCGAACAGACGGACACAGACGGACGCCACAUCCCCCUGCAGCCCUCCGAGCUGGGCAUCUGGAUCGACCCUAUAGAUGCCACGAGUCAGUACAUCGAGGGCAGAGAGGAGGAGCUGAGGGAGGGGGUGCUGUCUCCUUCUGGUCUCCACUGUGCGCUGGUGCUGAUCGGAGUGUAUCUGCGCUGCAGCGGGGAGCCGGUGAUGGGCGUCAUCAACCAGCCCUUCCACCACAAGGACGCCAGCGGCUGGCGAGGGCAGCACUUCUGGGGCGUGUCGUGCGACGGUCUGAGCCUGUGUUCUCUGCCGCGGCCCGACAGCGGCGCCGCUCCGGGCCUCAGCGCCGUCCUGAGCUCCAGCGAAAAGCCCUCGGUCAAGUCCGCGCUCUCCUCGCUCUGUUCGCGUCUCGACUUCGCCUCCGGAGCCGGCUUCAAGAUCCUGUGCGUGAUCCAAGGCCUGGCCGACGUCUACGUGCUGUCGGAGGCAAGCACCUUCAAGUGGGACUCCUGCGCGCCGCACGUGCUUCUGCGGGCCAUGGGGGGCGGCGUGGUGGACCUGAGGAAGGCUCUGGAGGCCGGGGGGCGGGGCCAGGCCGAGCCGAGCCAGGCCGAGCUGAGCCAGGCCGAGCCGAGCCAGGCCGAGCUGAGCCAGGCCGAGCUCAGCUAUCACCAGCCCAACGCGUGCUCGGGGGCGGACCGCUGGGCCAACGCGGGCGGCCUGGUGGCGUACAGAGACCGCGCUCAGCUCCGGCGAGUGAUCCAGGCGCUCCGAGGGAAGAUCUAA